UGGAACUGCAGUUGGUGCAAGUGCUUCCCUGUGCCAGGUGUCAUGGAAGGGCUGCUGACAAGAUGCAGAACAUUGCCUGCCCUGGCCACCUGCAGCCGUCAGCUCUCCGAGUAUGUUCCUUGCAGGUUUCACCACUGUGCCCCAGGGAGAGGGAAGCGCUUGCUACUGUCCCGUGUGUUCCAGCCACAGAAUCUACGGGAAGACCAGGUGCUCUCCCGAGAGGGCAAAUCUAGUGACCCAACCUGUAAGAGCCAGCGGCUGAUGCUGAAGGUGGGCCUAAUCCACCCAGCCAGCCCCGGCUGUUACCACCUCCUGCCUUACACCAUUCGUGCCAUGGAGAAGCUUGUGCGGGUGAUAGACCAGGAGAUGCAGUCCAUUGGGGGACAGAAAGUCAACAUGCCCAGUCUCAGCCCGGCAGAGCUCUGGCGAGCUACUAAUCGGUGGGACUUGAUGGGCAAGGAGCUGCUGAGACUUAGAGACAGACAUGGCAAGGAAUACUGCUUAGGACCAACUCACGAGGAAGCCAUCACAGCCCUGGUUGCCUCCCAGAAGAACCUGUCUUAUAAACAGCUUCCAUUCUUACUCUACCAGGUGACGAGGAAGUUUCGGGAUGAGCCCAGGCCCCGCUUUGGUCUUCUCCGUGGCCGGGAGUUUUACAUGAAGGAUAUGUACACCUUCGACUCCUCCCCAGAGGCUGCCCAGGAGACCUACAGCCUGGUGUGUGAUGCCUACUGCAACCUAUUUGACAGGCUGGGGCUGCGAUUUAUCAAGGUCCAGGCAGAUGUGGGCAGCAUCGGGGGCAUGAUGUCUCAUGAAUACCAGCUCCCAGUGGAUGUUGGAGAGGACCAGCUUGCAGUCUGUCCCAGCUGCAGCUUCUCUGCCAACAUGGAGACACUAGACUUGUCACAAAUGAACUGCCCUGCUUGCCAGGGUCCACUGACCGUAACCAAAGGCAUUGAGGUGGGGCACACAUUUUACCUAGGUACCAAGUACUCUUCCAUUUUCAAUGCCCAGUUUACCAAUGUCCAUGGUAAACCAUCCCUGGCUGAAAUGGGAUGCUACGGUUUGGGUGUGACACGGAUCGUGGCAGCUGCCAUUGAAGUUCUCUCUACAGAAGACUGCAUUCGCUGGCCCAGCCUCCUGGCCCCUUACCAAGUCUGCCUCAUCCCCCCUAAGAAGGGCAGUAAGGAGGUGGCAGCUACAGAGCUCACGGAGCACCUGUAUGACCACAUCACAGAGGUGGCUCCUCAGCUUCGUGGGGAGGUACUGCUGGAUGACAGGACCCAUCUGACCAUUGGAAACAGACUGAAAGAUGCCAACAAGUUUGGCUACCCCUUUGUGAUCAUUGCUGGCAAGAGGGCCCUGGAGGACCCUGCACAUUUUGAAGUGUGGUGUCAGAACACUGGUGAGAUGGUCUUCCUCACCAAAGAAGGAGUCAUGGAAUUACUGACCCAAGUGCAGGUUGUCUAAAUGCCCCCAGCCCACCCCUGCCCCCGUCUGUUAGCUGUGGUGUUCAUUCUAACACUGCAUUUUCCUACACUCCUUUCCUGGGCUGGUCUCUCCAGAAACAGGGCAGCUCAUGGAAGGUGAGACCGUGUUAGAGAAACCAAUUUUUAUGCAGUCAUUUGUUCACAUUAUUGUAUUUAAAGUCAUUAACUUGAUCUCUUUCUCUGGACUGGCCACACUGCCAUAUACCAUUCCUUUUGUACUUUAUUGUGGCAGCUUCUGUUAGGAGGCCGAGAGGCAAGAAAGAGACCCGAGUUCUAGUCUUAGCCCCUGGGAGAGUCACUUCCCUUCUCAGCUGAGUUUCCCACGUGUAGGAUAGGAAUGGCUGAUGGCCAAGGGUCCCUCCAAUCCCUACAGUCUGACCACAGGCCUCUUACUACAUUCAGUCUAGAGAGCAGGCCCGCCAGCCCUCCUCCACCAAGAAGGUGGGCUGAGAGUGUGGGGAUCUGACUGGCACCAACUCACUGGUGACAUGUCCCCUCCCCUAAUGGGGCCUCAGUUUCCCCAUCUGUAAUAUGAGAAAAUGGAGGUAGAGCUGUAAAGUCCUUCCAGCUGUGACUGGGUGGUUCCAUGAGAGGCUCAUGUCAGGCAGAUCUGGUUCCUCUGAUCCCUCAUAGUCUAAGCAUAUUGGAAAGUUGAUACAAUUAGCUGAUGGCUUCAGAGACCUGGCCCUACUGAGGCCGCUUAAGCACUGAGAUCAUGUUCUAUAGAUUGAAUAAAGUCAAACUAUUGGAAUGAA